UCUUUUGUUUAAUUGGUUUUCGAUAUGUGGCAGGGAAAACUAAUUGUGUUGUUCUUCGGGGUGGCUCUGGCUUCACCUAACGCCGACUACAUUGAGGAAUUAGUCCAAAAUGAUAGCUUUGGUUCACGAUUUUCGGAUAAUUUACAAGAGGAUGCCAGAUUGGAUGUCCCAGAACUCGUUAGAAAAUACAAAUAUCCAUUAGAAGUGCAUGAGGUGACAACCCCAGAUGGAUACAUUCUACGGAUGCAUCGCAUUCCGCACGGCCGGGAUCGGAACAAUGUGCCCGGGAUGAAGAAACCUGUAGUGUUCUUAAUGCAUGGAUUGCUUAGUUCCUCCGCUGAUUGGAUUGUUAUGGGGCCUGGCAAUGGUUUUGGUUACAUUCUAGCCGAAGAAGGAUUUGACGUUUGGAUGGGUAACGCUCGCGGUAACUACUAUUCCCGUAGGCACGUUCGUUUGAAUCCCAACUCAAUACUGAGCAACGCUUUCUGGGAAUUCUCCUGGGAUCAGAUCGGAAAUAUAGAUUUACCUACGAUGAUAAAUUAUGCUUUAAGACACACUGGACAGAAAAAACUUCAUUAUGUUGGUCAUUCUCAAGGCACGACUGCGUUCUUCGUCAUGGGAUCACUUCAACCUGAGUUUAAUAACAAAAUAUUGUCUAUGCAUGCUUUUGGUCCCGUUGCGUACAUGGCGCAUAACAAAAGUCCGUUGUUAAACGCUAUUUCACCAUUUGCUAACAGGAUCGAGGAACUUGCGUCUCAGAUUGGCAUAGGCGAAUUUAUGCCGAAUAAUUUGAUAAUGACUUGGGCCGGCCAAGCUUUGUGCAGAGAUGAAGUGAUGACGCAGGCGAUGUGUAGUAACAUCCUGUUUUUGAUAGGAGGAUGGAAUGAAGCGCAACACAAUGCUACAAUGUUACCGGUAAUAUUAGGCCAUGCCCCCGCCGGUGCUGCAGUAAGACAGUUCGUUCACUACGGCCAAAGUAUCGCCGGUAAAGAGUUCCGACGCUACGACCACGGCUGGAUGAAUAACUUGCGAAUUUACGGCAGUUUGAGACCACCAAAAUAUGACUUGGGAAAUAUCAAGAUUCCUGUAUUCUUACAUUACACCUACAAUGAUCCUUUGUCUCAAGUCGAAGAUGUUGAUCGUCUUCAUAAUGAGUUGGGAGCGAGUACUAAAAUGCUUGUACCCCUACCUUUAUUUAAUCAUUUAGAUUUCAUAUGGGGAAUAGAUGCGAAAGAAUUGUUGUUUGACAGAGUUAUAAAAAUUAUGCGAAAUAUUCAUGGAUAAUUUAAUGUGAAAUUACAAUG